GUCCUGUCCGCAGCCCUAGACUCUGGUGUCGCUGUCUCUGCUAUUUUGAUUUUCUUUUCAUUGGUACUUCCUGGUGUCAGCCUUAGCUGGUGGGGAAACAAUGUCAAUCGCGGAACGGUUGACAGUAAAGGAACUCCGUGGUUAGAGUUGAAGCUGAACGAGACAUUCGGCGAGAGCACUUGGUCAUGACGACUGUACAAGAGACGGCCAUUACUAUUGAUCCUCAAUAAUCGUGGGAAUGAAUUAGGUGGUUUUCUGAAAUAUCCAUGCGUUUGUUCUAUAUAUGGCAGCCUCAGGCUGUAAUGGGCACGGAAAGACGUAAACCAAUCAGCGUUGGCUUCCCCGUGGGGGUGGUAGACGGAGUUUCUAUUGGUGAAAGACUUUCAUGGACAGAGCGGAUACCACAUGAUUCCACUCUUGGCCUUAUCAAUUGCAAGUCCGCUCCACCACAAAAACUCUCUCUGAUUUGCCUCGAUAAGCGUUGUUCCCCUGUCAUAAAUUAUAAUAGAUCCAGUCAAGAUCGUCCUUAUCCCCUCGCUGUAUUGGCCCACAUAUCAGGAGCCUCUGACAGGCAGUCUUUCGUUUGUCUCAGCUUUGCAUCUCGUUUGCCCCGAGUAUCUCUGGCUAACUGAGUCAAAGCCUCAUUCUCCUUACUGUGAGGUUGUUCCUGCUCAUCAAGUUACUAUUGAUGGCGCUAGGAAAUUGAUCUUAUCUGGAAGACUGGCCAUGUAAAGUUUUCUCCUAUCGGAUGCCGCGUAAAAAGGCUGCAGACCGCGUGGGUCCGGUCAAGACCCGAAGCCGUGGCGGCUGCAAGGAAUGCCGCGCGAGUCGAGUCCGCUGUGACACACAAAAGCCGAUCUGCACCAGGUGUCGGGAAAGGGGCUUGGUUUGCUCAACUCAACUGGUCCUGAAAUGGGAGUCGGAGUUUGUGAGUCGAGGGCUUGCCUUUGGUCGAGCUGGCGUUUGGAGUAAGUCCGGCUCUCAGUCCAAGACAUCGCCGCCCUUAGCUUCUGUUCUGGAUGACGACCAAGAAUGGUGCGAUAUUCCCUUCAUUGAGUCUUGGGGGUUUGUUAAUAGCGGGGUCUCGACGUUUGAGCAACCUGACCAAGUCAACGUCGCUUGUGAUGAAUUAAAUGCGGUGGUGGUUCGCGACAAAGGGAAAGGCAGACUCGCAGUCAAAUCAAGCUGGCCUGCGCUAGUAGAUAUCUCAAAAUAUGGGCCAAUUCUACAACAGUUGCCGCAGCCUACGGCCUCCUUAUCGUUGUUUCCCCACGUUGCUGGGCAAAACCAGGGGCACCUUUUCGAGUAUUAUCUUCAGCAAGUGUGCCCCCGUACAACUGCCAGUUCGAAGCUGUCAUCGCCAUUCGCAUCAAUAAUUCUUCCGUUCUGUCUAUCUGCGUCGCCAAUCCUGUUCAAAGCGAUCCAGGCACUUGGGGCAUGUCACUGGUCUCGAUUUGAUCCGGCCUACGGGGUCAUAGGGCUCCACCUCAAGUCUGAAGCAUUGAGGGGCCUCCGCCAUCGACUUGCAACGGAAGGGACCUUGAGCUGCUCGACAGAUCCUGAAGUGCUGGCUAUCAUGAUGAUGCUGUGCCUGUAUGAAAUCGUGGAUAAUUGUGAUGAGCGCUGGACGAUCCAUCUGAAGGGAGCCAAGGACUUAAUCCGCCUCAGAAGGCAACAGACAAUGCUUUCCAAGUCCUACGGUGCUCAAGAUCCUAUUACAACUUUUGCCGAAUUAUUCUUUGCUUUCCAAGAUGUCAUGGGCCGUACUGCUUGCGGCGAGGAAGUGUUAUUUGGAAGUGACUAUUGGCAAGAGAAUGAACGUAACAUUGAUUUGUGGAUGGGCUGCAGUCCGGAACUUGUCUCUAUAUUGUCCUCUAUCACAGAAUUGAGUCGGACAAGAAGACAACUUACCUCCGAUUCCACUCGUACGGCUUUCUCUUUACGAGCAGCUUCUCUGGGACACAAACUCGAGAACUUGGUCCAGGAAGUCGACGACGAUGAUGAGGAGGAUCAAACACUCCAGACUGCCGCAGAGUUGAAGCGGUUAGCUGCGGUGUUGUAUUUGCAUUGUGCUUUAUACGGGGCGUCACCGUCUACCCCUUUGGUUGUUACUUACGUUCGGAAGAUUCUACGACUCGUUUCAGAUUUACUUGAUUCUGGAUCACUAGUCAGUAUGACGUGGCCUGUCUUUGUGGCUGCUGUAGAAUUAGACCCUCUUCACGAUGAGGUGUGGUCCGAUGGCGAGACUGUUGUGUAUGGCCGACCUCUUGUGUUACGUGCGAUGGCUGCGAUGGCGGAAUCGAGUGUCUCGAAUGUUGCGCGUACGAGAGCGGUUAUCGUCAAGGUAUGGCAGGCUAGGGACAGUGACAUGCUGAAAGGGCCUUCCGGCGAUUCGUUGGAUCACACGACGGGCUGUAAUGAUUGGGAAUGGUAUGUAGCGCCAAUUAGUACUGCCAUGAGUUUGGCAUGAUGGGCACAACCGUCACGAUGGGACGAGUUUCUUUGGAAUUAUGGGACCAUUUUCUUUUGGCAAUUUCUCUUCUUCUGUGUUUCAUGUAUCUCAAAUUUCGGUUUUCUCUGGACGAGUUUGCCAGUAUUAGAAUGUGUAUAAAGAAUUUAUCCCUGGAGAUCUCACGAUGCUUAUCGAAAGUGG